AUGCACGUAGCUACUUACUUAAAAAUAGCUUUAACCUUAGUUCUAGCUCAAGCCCUAACCUCAGCCCUUGUCUUAUCUGUAGUCCCAACCCUAGCCUCAGCCCUAGCCUCAGCUCUAGCCUCAGCCCUAGCCUCAGCCCUAGCCUCAGCCCUAGCCUCAGCCCUAGCCUCAGCCCUAGCCUCAGCCCUAGCCUCAGCCCUAGCCUCAGCCCUAGCCUCAGCCCUAGCCUCAGCCCUAGCCUCAGCCCUAGCCUCAGCCCUAGCCUCAGCCCUAGCCUCAGCCCUAGCCUCAGCCCUAGCCUCAGCCCUAGCCUCAGCCCUAGCCUCAGCCCUAGCCUCAGCCCUAGCCUCAGCCCUAGCCUCAGCCCUAGCCUCAGCCUAG